AUGAAAAUUGUGUACGACACUAUUUAUUAUUACCUCAUUUUUAUAUGUGUUUGUACAAUAACGUGUUUCUGCGCAGAAAAUGGAACUUACAAAGGAAACGAUGAAAGCGAAAAUAAUUCAGCCAGUUCCCGUGGGGGAAGUAUUGCAGAAAAAACAAACUGUAAAGAUUCCAAUGAACGAGUAAAUAAAUGUUUCAACAGGACGGACGGUAUAGAAACAUCAGAAAUCCAUAAGAUUCCACAAAAAGCUAUAUUAGUAACAAAUAAAAAUGACAAUAAUUUUCAACAUCGAGAUAUUUCUGGUCCAAAUUCACAAAAAGUUAACGACAAAGACUUGCUAGAUUACGGCAGUUUUAAUCGUGAAAAAUAUUCUCCGUAUGAAGAAUUCGGUCUUUUACCAUUUAGGAAAUGGCCAUCGGGUCAGCCACCCUUUUGGUUAUCUCAAAGUAAUCCUCCAGAUUAUACCAAGCCACAAUCACACAAUAAAAAUCCUAUGCUUGAUGGAACAUAUUAUCCUCAUGGCAAGCCGCUUCAUAGUGGUGAAUUAUCUUCUCAUGGUAAGCCACCUUAUACUGGAUCUUCUCACCAUAAUAGGCCACAUGGUGAAUCUACUCAUCAUAACAGACCACCUAAGCAUGAUGAACAUUCUUCUCAUAUUAAACAAUCUCCACAAGGAGGACCAGUUCUCCAUGAUAAACAACCUCCGCUUGGUGGACGUCAACUUCCCCAUGGGGGACUUUCUCAUUAUGAAAGACCACUGCAGUCUCAUGGUGUAUUUUCUUAUGGCAGACCACCUCCUCAUGGUAGACCACCUCAUCACAGUGGAUCUUCUCACCAUGACAGACCACCUUCCCAUAGUGAACCGCCUGCACAAGGUGGAUCGUCUCAUCAUAAUAAACCAUCGCAUGGUGGACAUCAAUCUCCGCACGGGGGAUCUUCUAACCACGAUAGACCCCCGCCUUAUGGUGGAUCUCAUUCUCAUGGUGAGUCUCCUUAUCAAGGUAAACCACCCUCUCAUAGUAGACCACCUCAUCAUGGUGGAUCUACUCACUAUGACAAACCACCUCCACAAGGUGGAUCGUCUCACCAUCAUAAACCACCUUCGCAUGGUGGACAUCAAUCUCCUCAUGGUGGACCUCCUCAACAUAAUAGGCCACCGCCUCAUAGUGGAUCUCCUCCUCAUGGUAGACCACCUCAUCACGGUGGAUCUGCUCAUAAUGACAAACCACCUCCGCAUGGUGAACACUUUUCCCAUAAUAAACCACCGCCACAAGGUGGAUCACCUCAUCAUGAUAAACAACCGGAUGGUGGACUUUCUCAUCAUGAUAAACCCCCACCUCAUGGUGGAUCUCCUUCUCAUGGUAAACCACCUCCUCAUGGACAUCCUUCACAUAGUAGACCACCACAUCAUGGCGGGUCACCUCCCUAUGAUAGACCACUUACAAAUUGUGAAACUCCUGGCGGCCCAUCCCCUCCACAUGGCGGACCUCCUCAUUGCAUACCAUUUUCCCAAGGUGAAUUACAUCCUCACGGCGGCUCGCAGAAUGGCCCAUCUGCUAUUGAGACACCUUUACAUGAACAUCCGUCCCAACAAACUUCCAAUAACGACCAAGAAACAUAUGGACAUCCACAUCAAGCCACUACUGCAAAUCCAGUCAAUGGAGACUAUAGCACAACACUUAACCCUGCAGUUAUUUUUAGAGAUGACCUUUUACCCCUAUCCUUAUUUCAAGCGCAGCCAGUGAGGCCUCCAUACGAAAUAGAAGAUGGAUACAACUACAUACAUUUGAUCGAUGUGAGAUAA